AUGCGCAUCGCCAUCUCGGCCAAGACCCGAACAAGACCUGACCGGCCUGCAUCAAUCGACAACUGCCGCUGCAGUCGCAAUCAGUCCAUCGCGGUUGGUCUCCUCCCAACAUUGAAACUAACGGUGCGCCAGGCGCCUUCAAGCACAGCCAUCCGGUCGUGUCUGCACUCUUCGGGCCUUCCCCCCUUCGCCCGCCGUAUAUCCUGCUGCACAUAUCGCAAGGCACACCACUGUGCUAUGCUGCCCGUCAGCAAUUCAAGCCGCCCGACCGACAGACUCACUCACCCACAUACGCAGACGAGAUCGGUGGAUGGGUUCUCAGACAACCGCAUGAGCGUCUCCCAUCCGUCUGUUGUUUCGAUGCUCCAAUGCACGGAACUACCCUGCUCUUACGCCGCAGACAGGACAUGCGCCGUGCAGCCUCGCACUGCCAUCCCGGUCUCUUCUGACUCUGCUGUCGAGUCUCUUCAGGGUCUCUUGCGCCUACACACCGCUAUCAAGGACGACGCUCACCCUGCAACUGUCGCUGUCAGUCUGUCCGGGCACACGGCUACCGACCGCCCGUUGAAGGGCAUAGUAUCGCAGCUGGCCACCUCAGCCCCAGGCUUGGAGGCUUCAACGGUGCGUCUCACUCUCGGCCUGGGCGGUCCGGGCUGGGGCGGUGGUGCGAGCUGCUCGGAGCGAGAGGCGUUUUCGGUGGCUUGA